CACUUCUAAGUGCUGCCACUUGUCCCUGCGUCACUCUUUUCAAAAUUUGCUUCAUCUGUCCUCUCUUUUCAGAGUUGUAUUUUGGUAUUUAGCUAGCUAACUUCUCAAGCGUCUUUAAAUAGCAAAUAAACGAUACACACGGACAUGUUGCCGAGGUAUGGGGUGGAGAAGAGUUAAACCAGUCGAUUUGACAGAAAAGCUAACUAUGGUUCUGUUUUUUAAGAUCGGUGGCGUCUCUGACAAUGAGGGCGUUCUCCCGGGGCCCUGUGUCUCUGCAGGGGAAGGCCCCGGACAUGUCUGAGGGGAAUACUCACUUGCUAGUGUCAAAUGUGCGAAACCGGCUGAGGGAGAUUGUGGGAGCGUCCACUAACUGGAGGGACCACCAGCAGGCGUUAGCUGACCGUUUGUCGUUGUCCAAUCAGCUGGCUGGUUCUCAAGAUGAGCUUCCUGUCCGCAGGAUGAAGGACAGCUACAUAGAGGUCCACCUUCCCCUGGGCACAGACCCUACCCUUAGAGAGAAAUACCUUAACUACCACAAAGGUGUCAGGUUUGGCCGUAUCCUGGAGGAUCUGGACAGUCUAGCAGUGUUGAUCUGUUACUCUCACACCCAUAACAAGGAGCUUCAGAGAUCUCCUCUGUCCAUCGUCACUGCCCUGGUGGACAAGAUAGACAUGAGGAAGCAAGUCAUCCACCCUGACUGUGACAUCAAGUUCACUGGUCACGUGACCUGGGUGGGGAAGACCUCCAUCGAAGCCAAGAUGCACAUGUCUCAGUACCAUGAUGGGGCCUACACUCCAGUUCUGGAUGCUACAUUUGUUAUGGUGGCCAGAGACCCUGAGAACAAGAGGGCAGCGUUUGUUAACCCUCUGAAACCAGAGGGGCCUGAGGAGGAGGAACUGUUUCAGCAGGGAGAGAUCAAUAAGACGCGUCGUAUAGAGCUGAGUACAGCGUCUCUACUGAAGGUGGCCCCUACUGCUGAGGAGAGGAAGAUCGUACACAGCCUGUUCCUCAACACCCUGGACACCAAGACAGUGAGUUUCCGUAGCAGAGUUCUGCCUCCUAACUCCGUAUGGAUGGAGGACGCCAAAGUCAAAGGACUGGAGAUCUGCCAUCCACAGGAGAGGAACAUCUUUAACAGGAUCUUUGGAGGGUUUCUGAUGAGGAAAGCUUACGAGCUGGGCUGGGCUAACGCGUGCGCCUACGGGGGGUGUCGGCCUAACCUGAUUGCCGUGGACGAUAUCCUCUUCCAGAAGCCUGUAGAAAUUGGCUCCCUAUUACUGCUCUCAUCACAGGUGUGUUACACAGAGGGGAACUACAUUCAGGUCAGAGUUCAUACAGAGGUCCUUGACCCCCUGACCCGGCAUCACAACACCACUAACGUCUUCCACUUCACCUUCGUCACAGACAAAGACGUCCCCAACAUAGUACCGCAGAGCUACGGAGAGUCCAUGUUGUACCUGGAUGGGAAGAGACACUUUAACCAGACCCUGGAGUCUCAGUGAGACAAGAUGAACCCUGACCCAACACAACAAUUGCCUGCCAAAGCCCUAGUGUCCAGCCACCCCAACCGCCAUCCUUACUGUACGCUGUGUAUGUGUGUGUCUAUUUGCAUGAACAAUAUGUCUUAAUUUGUUUCUCACUAUGUACUAUAUACACUUAGUGACCGUUUAUUACGUACACCCAUCUAGUACCGGGUCGGACCCCUCUUUGCCUCCAGAACAGCCUGAAUUCUUCUGGGCAUGGAAACGUUGCUCAAUUGGUAUCAAGGGAACUAAUGUGUGCCAGGAAAACAUUCCCCACACCAUUACACUUCGCCACCAGCCUGUACUGUUGACACCAGGCAGGAUGGGUCCAUGGAAUCAUGCUGCUCAUGCCAAAUUCUGACUCUGCCAUCAGCAUGAUUCGUCGGACCAGGCAAUGUUUUUCCACUCCUGAAUUGUCCAGUGUUGGCGGUGGCGUGCCCACUGGAGCCGCUUCUUGUUUUUAGCUGAUAGGAGUGGAACCCGGUGUGGUCGUCUGCUGCAGUAGCCCAUCCGUGACAAGGACCGCCAAGUUGUGCGUUCCAAGAUGCCGUUCUGCAGACCAAUGUUGUACUGCGCCGUUAUUUGCCUGUUUGUGGACCGCUUGUUAAAUUCUUGCCAUUCUCCUUUAACCUCUCAAUGAGGUGUUUUCGCCCACAGGACUGCUGCUGACUGGAUGUUUUUUUUGUAUGUCGCACCAUUCUUAGGAAACCCUAGGCACUGUUGUGCAUGAAAAGCCCAGGAGGCCGGCCAUUUCUGAGAUACUGGAACCGGAGUGCCUGGCACUGACAAUUAUACCACACUCAAAGUUGCUGAGGUCACUCGUUUUGCCCAUUCUAACAUUCAAUCGAACAGUAGCGGGAUGCCUGUUUGCCUGCUUUAUAUAGCAAACCACACACGAUACAAAUGCUUACUUCAAAAAGCGCUCCUUAAGCCACGCCACAGUGAGCAGAGCUCAGCAUGUUGCACAGGGACACAGUUAUUAUAAAAAAGGAAUAUGAUAGACUCACUUUA